CCCCCCUCGUGCGCAGGCGCGGAGCCGUUGCCUGCCGAGCGGUUGCGAGCAGAGCGGUUCCCAGAACUGCUUCACCGGGAAGGGCUGGACUUGCAGGUUCCGAGGCCGCCUGGGCGGCUCAGCACAGCCUGAGGCCCCGGCGUCCGCCUCCUGCGGCGUCCUUGGAUCCGUCGCCAUGAAUCCCACCGUCAUCGUGGUCCACGGUGGCGGAGCCAGCAGUAUCUCCAAGGACCGGAAAGAGCGUGUGCGCCAGGGCAUCGUUAGAGCCGCCACCGCGGGUUACAACAUCCUCAAGGAGGGAGGGAGCGCAGUUGACGCCGUGGAAGGAGCCGUGACCGUCCUGGAAGAUGAUCCCGAGUUCAACGCAGGUUGUGGAUCUGUCUUGAACGAAAAUGGUGAAGUUGAAAUGGAUGCUAGUAUAAUGAACGGGAAAGACUUGUCUGCAGGAGCGGUGUCCGCAGUCCGCUGUGUCGCAAAUCCCAUCAAACUUGCAAGACUUGUUAUGGAAAAGACACCUCACUGCUUUCUGACUGACCAAGGUGCAGCGAAAUUUGCAGCGGCCAUGGGGCUCCCAGCAGUUCCUGGAGAGCAGCUGAUAACAGAGAGAAACAUAAAACGCCUAGAAAAAGAAAAGCAUGAGAAAGGGGCUCAGAAGUCAGACCAUCAAAACUUGGGGACCGUGGGCGCUGUCGCCGUGGACUGCAGAGGAAACGUGGCUUAUGCGACCUCCACAGGGGGCAUCGUCAACAAGCUGGCGGGCCGCGUCGGGGACACGCCGUGCAUAGGAUCUGGAGGUUAUGCUGACAAUGACAUUGGAGCCAUUUCCACGACGGGACACGGGGAAAGCAUCCUGAAGGUGAACCUGGCCAGACUCACGCUCUUCCACGUGGAACAGGGAAAGACGUUAGAAGAGGCUGCGGACAUGUCGUUGGGUUAUAUGAAGUCAAAGGUCAAAGGUGUCGGUGGCGUCAUCCUGGUCAACAAAGCAGGAGACUGGGCGGCAAAGUGGACCUCCACGUCCAUGCCCUGGGCGGCCGCGAAGGACGGCAGGCUGCACUCUGGAAUCGACCUUGGCGAGACCAACGUCACUGACCUGCCCUAAGCCCCCGGGAGACUGCGUUCUAGAUGCUAGCUUGGAGGGAAAGCACGCUUGCCUGGUGUCGAGAUCUAGCUUAAUCAAUUAGAUCUAGAAAUGGAAAAAUCCUAUGGUCUGUCACUUGUUUUGUUGCCUUGAUCAGUGUUUGGUUGGGGGCGGAUUCCGAAGUGAUAUGAGAAAUGCCCACAUUAAGAUCAAAAUGAGAGUAGUGAAGAUGGCACACCCCGCAGAGCCUUCCUCGUGAGUGGGCCACAGUGUCUUAGGUUAGAAAGAAGAAACAGCGUGAUCUCAACAGGACAGAAGCAACCUCGGUGCAGGGAGUGCCUUUUGGAAUUGGGUGGCCCACCACAGUGAUGGAGGCUGCUGGCUGGAAGGUGUGGGGGUCCAGAGGACAGCAGUGCCCCCGGCAGGACCCAGUGCAGGGGCGAGGUGGGGAGGAAUGAGCCAGUGGAGGAAGCAGAGGUGAGGUGGGAGCAGCAGAGCUCAGUUCCGAGUCAGAAGAACAUUGAGUAAAAGAACCUCUGAGGGACAAACUGAUUUCUCAAAGAAAGCUCAGAUCUUCUCUGACUUACUAA